AUGGAUGACCUGGCAGAUAGCUCCCCUGCACUUACACAGAGUCCACUGCAGAGAGUGACCGCCACAGUAAGGGCACUGCCCAUCGAAGUCGAAGCCCCGACACGAGCAGCUCAUCCACCAUAUCCAUCAACCUCUCCAGAAUACAGCCUGACUACUGAUACUCACAUAGAACCAGCAGGUGUCACUUCUUAA